AUGGGUUUGGAAAGAAGCAAAUGGUAUACGAGUCUUUCGCACCGUAAUCCGACGGCCGUGGAAGGUAUCGUUGCUCUUCCGAUCGCCGUGCUAGAUGAGAAAACUCGCAGCCACAUCCCCGUAGUAAUCGUUAUCAUCCUGAGCUUGAUUGAACGACAAUACAGCAACGGUGGUGUCAUUCUAAAUUACGCCAACGGUUCGGUUAAGGAAAUUUACCCCGACGGCAAGACAUCGCUGGUGGUGCUCUUUAACGGCGAUACAAAGCUCACCCUGUCGGAUGGAUCCGUGAUCUACACGUAUGCAUCGGAGGGCACUGUCCAAACCACCUUUCCUGAUGGCACGGAGCAAACGGUCUAUAAAGAGUAUGUUUUGCAAUUUAAAUUUAUUUGCUCUUUCCCGUAUUCGGACAAAAACCUUAAGCCUUUCAGAGCGGUCUUCUCGUGCUGCGAAGCGGUGGACCUGCCAAUGACUCUGUGUGUCGAUUACUGCGAUCUACAACCUACCUAA